CCAAGACGAAGCAGACCAAAGUAGACCAAUCUACACUCUCUCUGUCUGCAGCCAUGUCCGCUCCGCCCUUUGGCAAGACGCGCUUCUGCGAUGAUGCCAAUAUUGCUCAAUCACGCUCAUACAUCAACACGUCCCUCUACGCUCGAGGUUUCGUACGCGAUGCCUCUGCCGCCCUCAAAUUCAAUUCAGCAGACGCGCCCACCGUCAUCAACUUGGUGUAUGACUUUCUCAAGCGUAGUGAGUGGGAAGAGUUACAGCGUGAACGACUCACAACACGCGUCAGGCAAGAUGCGGGAGAUUUGGAGUCUCUACGCCAACAAAAUGAUAAAUUAACCUCGCGUGUCGCACAGCUUGAACAAGCUGCUGGUGUUGCCAAGAACCAUUUGGCUGCUGCAAAGCAAGAGACGGCCGGUGCGAUAAGGGAGACGAAGUUGCAGAAGGAUCAGUUAUCACGCGUUUCACUGGCUCUGCAGCACAUCAAAACACAGAUGGCAAAUGACUUGCGCAAGCGGGAUCUACAAAUUGCACGGCUCAAGGAACAAUUUCUUGAUGGGGCCUUGUCGAGCACGAACCUACAAGGUAGUCGUCGUGGCGGUAAACUGACCGGUCUCAUGCGAAUCCACGGAUCCGGUAGUGUUAGGGCACAACCCAUGCAGCACGAUACGCGUGCUGCAUUACAGCUACAAGCUGAAUCAGAGCAGCAACUCACCACCAUGGUUCAAGAAGUCGCACAGGAGAAUGAUGCCCUAGCUGAAUUACUACAAGCGACUCUUGCAUCGCUUGAAAGUCUUGUCCCGCUUGAAGAGGCUGAAGAUGCUGCAGCGCCGCUUGUACGAUCGGUGGCACAAAGUAUCAUUAUGCUUGAAGCUCAGCUACAGGUUCGAUUGACUGCAUUGCGCAGUAUGCUGGAAAUGCCAAAUUACGUUCCACUCGAAGAAGUCGAGCGUAGAGAUAUUCGCAUUAGCGAGUUGUCUUUGCGACUGCAACAAAUUGAGACGGAAUGGUCAGCGGCACGGAGUGUUCUCAAGGGACUCACUGCAUCUGUGCUGUCUACCGGACAAGCAGCGAAACCCAACAACCCAGACGACAUCCUGAGUGACGGUGUGGAACAGCUGAGUAAAGUCGAUGCAGCCAUUGCAGCAAGUUCUAGCAUCUUGCAAGAAACACCACGCGCGAAAAUCAACACGGCACAACCAGCAACAUUGUUGCGAGCCAUGGCAAAGACACCGUUGGUGAUUGGUCAGGAGAAUGGUAAGAUGGGUACGAUGCGAGGUGCGUUGUCAACAGUCAAGGUGGAUGCAAGGUUGAUGGGCCUGGAUAUGCAGGUACCCUUGGUGGAUCAAGAUGCAACACCGAUUCGUGCACGAAAGGCAAGACGUAAUAGGCGGACGACGAUUGGUUUGUUGCGGCAAGAACAACUUGAUGAAGAACUCACACAAGUCCUUGGCCAAGCACAAUAGAUUCAACAGUAUAUUUAUGUAUAUGUACACAGUAAAGUCUGUAGAUAUCUCGAGAAACUCCGUACUGGUAGAAUGCGAACCAGAAAGAGCAAAACGCCCCUUAUGUGGCCGCCUCAGUAAGCAGAGUGAUUAAAGAGAAGCAACGUCAGUCUACGGCCCUUAUACAAGGGUCCAGCCAAGAGUCAAGCAGGCGAAACUAUCGUUUCCCCGGUCAAUCCCUUUCGAGAGACCAGGAUGACAGAAACACGAGGACUCAGAGGAAUCACUUGCGUGCCUCUCCUUGUGCGCAAUGAGAGAAGGAUGACUGGGUCCAGUAUGGAGAGCAGAUGUAUAAUGAUG